AGUGUUUUUAUCAAUUGUUGUGUGCUUCAUAACUUUGGUUAUGGAUUGAAGCAAUUAAUCAUUAUAAACGAGAGAUGGUUCAGACUUUUUCAGAUUUUACCGUAUCUAAAAUGACUUUCCGUCUAUUGACAAAACAGCGACUUGUUGUGCUGUGUAUUAUUUUAGCUCUAAUUUUCGGCGCAAUAUAUUUGAAGUUACAUUACCUACAAGACAUCUAUGAAGGUUCUCCAUCGUCAAGUGAACGAUGCUUUACAGAAUUGACAUCAACUAAAUAUCAAUUAAAUGUGGUGACGGAAUACAAAAAUCGCAUAGACAAACUGCUAACAGAAAUGGAGAAGAAACAGAAAGCAGAAAAGGAACGCUUCAGGGAUAUUAUGGAUAGCUGUGUAGCAAUGAAACAGCAGUCUCUUAUUUGUCAGAGCCAAUUUGAAGAUUUGCAAAGCGAAUGCAAGAAAGUUAAGGAAGAUUACGACAAAAUUAAACAGGAUAUGGAAAAACCAAAACCAACGAGAUAGAAAACUUAAUUAUAUUAACUAAAACUUACAUAAUAAUAUUAUUAUUCCUAUAACAUAAUUUUGGAAGUUUGUAUGAAAGCUAAACUUUACAAAACAGCAUUUUUGUAGACAGAUUAUGCUGAAACUACGUUAAUCUGUUAUCUAUGACGCUGCUUUUUAGAAUAAUGUGCGGGUUCUAGACAAACUUCUAUGCAAUCAAGUUCGUUUAUAAUGGUAAAAAUAGUAGCUUGGCAUCACAAUAUUAUAUAUUUUCCCUGAUCUCUGCUAUAAUUAUAUCUAUCUAUUCGAAUGACACUAGACUGGCUUGUCCUUGAACAAAUGGCAGCUCAAAUUUUGUCCUCAUUUCACAUUUGAGUGUCUCGGGACUAAUGAUUAAGUAGUUUUAAGAUAUUUUAAUUUUAUUUCUGUGGACACGCUACGAUUUUUUGACGGGCAAUGCCGUUAAAUUCUAUCAAUAAUGUACUAGAUAUGCAGUCUCAUACAAUAUCUAAUGGAACCGGUUUUUGGUUUUUUACUGAUGUUAAAUUUUUUUUUUUAAUGAUGUUUAGAGUUUAAUUAUAAAGAAUAACAGCUUUUGUGCGCUAUGUAGAUUUUGUUGGUUUGAUGAUGAAUGGUUAAGCAGUUAAGGCGUGAAAGCUUAACAAACAAAAAAUCUCACAUCCACAUUAUUAAUAUUAAUUAAUAGUGUAUAAGGAUUACAUAUAAUACGGACGUCUUUAUAUACAUUAGCUAUUCCAUCACUCAUUUUGCUUAUGAACGUAAAGUACCAAGAGAGCAGCGUUUUCACUAGCUUACUGAAGUAUCAAAAAUAAAGAACAAGUUAGGUCUUGCCUUACACAGACCCUAUACAGACUGACAUCACAUCUAGUAUAUUAUUUAAUCAAAGCCUGUUAUCAUCUCUACAAUUGAAGGCCGAUUUUUAUUACAGUGCUUAUUUACUUAAAAGCCCUGCUGUACUUAUCCAUAAGGUUUAAAUUACCACAAUUUAGUUACUCUUGUGACUACAAACAAAAUUGUGGUAAACUAACUAGUACUUAUUUAAUAAACGUGGCGAGACAACACUAAGAAAUGCGGAAAUAGCCUAGUGGUAGCGUAACCCGUGGCCUGCACAAGGCCAAUGGGUUGGUAACGAUGACAACGAUGAUAACCAUUAAUUCCGACGUUACGCCACGUUUAUAAAUAAAGCCGAAGAUGUUUACCGUUAUAGUCGUAAAAAUGUAAUAGGCCCGUUUUGA